UUACUCUUAUUGGACCUGAUGUCUUACAUCUGCCAAUAUACCGCACCAUUAUUUAAAAAAUACUAUUAUUUUUCUUUCUUUAAAUGUUAUUAAAUAUUACUCGAGAAGUAUUAUAAUUAUGAAUUAUUACUAUCUUAUCGUUUUAGAUCUAUUCGAUUACGGCAAAUGUAUCGACAAACAUGGAUACUCGUGAUAAUACAUUUGAUUUAUGCGCAAUAUGUGAUGCCAGAAGACACCGUGAGCACGCGCAUUCUAUGCGACAAAUCUCAAGGAGACGGUCCUCGAGUCUUCGAUUUCAUCAGCAAGCUGAAAUUGGAUCUGCCAGAGACGCAUUACAGCGGCAUGACGAAAGUGCGAGGCAGCACUCGUCUGCAAACGGCAUAUCGGCUGGAGAAAAGCACUGAUGUCACCCUCCCGACAAAAAAUGUCACGUUGAACACGCUUCCAAAAGAAUUCACAUUGGCGUACAUGUUGCGAGCUAGAAAAUUACCAAAGUAUUCUUGGCACGUCGUUAAGAUCGUGGAUGCAAGAGGCGAUGCUCAAUUUCUCAUCACGAUGAAUCCCAGAAAACAGACACUGGACUUUUCAUUGAUCGGUCACGAGGAAAAAUUGCAGACGGUCUCUUUCACGAAUGAUCGCAUAUUCGACAAGGAUUGGCAUAAAGUAAGUUUCGGGGUAUUCAAGGAUAAACUGGUACUUAAAAUUGACUGUAAAUACGUUGGCACAAAAGAACUAAAUCCACGCAGGCCAAUUAACAUCGAUGGUGACAUAUCAUUAGCUAAAAUGAGCAACAGUAAAAUCACUGUUCCGAUCGAUAUACAAUGGAUGAUACUAAGCUGUAAUCCUGCGGAACUAGAGAGAGACACAUGCGAGGAACUACCGAAGAAUUAUCUACCCGUUCCGCUUCCGCUGAUAAAACCUGCUUGCGAAACAAUCUGCCCACAGGGACCACGUGGAUUCAAUGGCGCAAAUGGUGCUCCCGGACCCCCUGGACCACGGGGACCGAUCGGUCCAUCUGGUCCACCAGGUUUACCUGGAUAUCCGGGGCGAGAACAAGGAAGAACGGGAGCUUCGUAUGACACUAGCACCAGAGGUUUUCCAGGCCCACCGGGUCCCAAAGGAUCGAUGGGUUUCGUGGGACCACCGGGACAACUAGGAAAAAAAGGUGAUCGCGGCGAAAAGGGUGAAAUGGGCUUUUCGGGUCUAAAAGGCGACCAAGGUCCUCGAGGAUUUCCAGGUCCUUCAGGAAACAUUACUAAUUUGUGUGGAAUCUUGCCGCGUCUGAUGGGCUCUCCUGGACCGCCAGGACUUGCAGGCGAUAAAGGGGACAAGGGUGAACGUGGAGGAGAAGGUAUUCAAGGAUUGCCGGGUGAAAAAGGCGAUCGCGGAGACAGGGGAUACCCAGGAUUAGACGGAUCUUAUGGUCACGAUGGUGUACCAGGGCUUCCUGGGCCUCCAGGGCCUCCAGGUCCCCCUGGAUCUAAAGGAAGCGCUGUAUUUACAAACGUUCCUGGAAUUGCAGGACCACCAGGACCACGCGGCGUACCAGGAUCAUCAGGCCCUUCAGGAUUGCCAGGAUCGCCAGGAUUAUCAGGUCCUCCUGGUCCUCCAGGCCCAAAGGGUGACGUCGGAGAACGUGGUCAAGAUGGUAUACCGGGGCUGCGAGAAAGCAGUGUAAUAUCAGGACCACCUGGUCCUGAAGGACCUGCUGGUUCUCCUGGCGAGGAUGGUCUUCCGGGUGUUAAAGGAGAAAUUGGACCAAUUGGUUCUCCGGGACUAGCCGGAAUCCCAGGGAAGGAUGGACUUCCAGGAUUACCGGGACCGCAGGGACCUCCAGGAUCACGUGGAGAACCUGGUUUUCCAGGAUCACGAGGUUUAGAAGGAUCGAUAGGAAAACCGGGACCACCGGGGUUUAAUGGGAAACCGGGCCAGAAGGGAAGCAAAGGACAAAUGGGCGAACAAGGAUCUAUCGGACCUCGUGGAUUGCCAGGAAAUUCGGGUUCGGUUGGUUCACCAGGCUCAUCAGGUAUACCAGGAUUGGAAGGAAGACCUGGUCUACCUGGGCUACCAGGACCGCCAGGACCAUUAGGGCCACCCGGUCUUCCAGCUCCAAACAUUAGCUUUGCUAGCGUAGGCAAACCCGGUCCCGAGGGACCUAGAGGCCCACCAGGUUCUCCGGGAACACCGGGUGAAAGAGGAGCUCCUGGAGAACGAGGGCCCAUAGGGCUCAUAGGACUGCCUGGAAUAUCCGGUAAGGACGGAGCAACCGGAUUGCAAGGUCUUCCCGGGAAUAGAGGUCCACCAGGACAGCCAGGACUUCAAGGUUUGCCAGGUCGCAGCAUCAGCGAAGCAGAGAUUCGCGACAUUUGUGCCAGCGUGCUGAGAGAACAGAUGACCGAAAUGGCAACGCUGAUGCAAGGCCCACCCGGACCGCCCGGCCGAGGCCGUCCAGGCCGUCCUGGAUCACCUGGCCCACAGGGUCGCCCAGAAAGGCUGAAAGAAUUAACAGACGGUCUACGAGGGCUACCCGGGUUGCCGGGACCGGCCCGACAGGGCCAUCCCGGUCGAACCGGAAAGCGGGGCAUUCCAGGUGAUCCUGGUUCGCCAGGAUUGCCAGGAGAACCUGGAUUUGUCGGGUUACCGGGUCCGCAAGGUCCUACAGGACCACGGGGUCCACCUGGUGAACGCGGAGAAAAAGGGGAGAAAGGUUCCGAAGGAAUCGGUGCAGAAGGCCCACCUGGUCCAAAAGGUUUACCAGGACCUCCUGGUAACGACGGUGUUGGUUCACCUGGUAGGCAAGGAGACAGAGGCGAGCCAGGCAGACCAGGUAUUUCUGGUAUGAGAGGAGCGCCAGGAGCGCAGGGAGCACCCGGGUUUUGCGAAUUCUGUAAUUAUCCUAGUAGUAACUAUUUGCACUACAAUCGUGGUAAUGAGAAAGGUCCUUAAUUAAUAUAAUAAUAAUGAAUAUUACAAAAACUAAAAAAAUAUUGGCGCAACAGAAGAAGUGUUGCGGAGUACUAAUUUAAUAGUAUUUCCUGAUACAUAUUCUUGAUUUAGCGUUAAAUUGCUACAAGUGCCGCACAUAUACAAAUCACUGCCAUGUAAAAAUAUUAUUUCUCCCAAUAGUGAUUUAACAAUUUAAUGUUGCGCUCAAUGUAUUAUUUAAUAAAAUUUAUCUUUAACACACUUGAUUUUCAAUGUAUUAAAGCGUAGGAUUAUCAUCCUUCAGUUAGGUUUUGUUUUUCCUAAGUAACCUUUUCUAAACCUUUUCUAAGCGGAAAGUGUCUAUAGAAAAUGAUUAUUUUUCAUUAGCAGAAAUUACCUUAACCCAGCACGUCUUCUCAGCUUUGUUUAUCAAACAUACACAAUUUACUACAUACAUUCCCUUUGACAAUCAAUUCACAAUGUUAACCGCUAAUGGUUGCGGUCCACUUAGCGCUACAAAUGCUUCAACGCUUCACUUUAUUCGAAAGAAGAAAAAAGACAGAAGUGUUUUGAAGCAUUUGUAGCGCCAAGUGAAUCGCAUCGCACGAAU